AUGAGUUACGACCGCGCCAUCACAGUCUUCUCCCCAGACGGGCACCUUCUCCAGGUCGAGUACGCCAUGGAGGCUGUUCGACGAGGAGGAUGUGCCGUCGGAGUCAUGGGGAAAGAUCUUGUCGUCCUUGCAGUUGAAAAGAAAGCGGCAGCGAGACUUCAAGAGCCUCGGUAA